ACAUGAAAAUCUACAGAACGCUGCAAUUUUCACAGGAGUUUUCAGGUCUGCUGGAGCAAGUUGACGUUCCUCGUUACCUGUAGUCGACCGCCUUUUCUUCCCACCGUUGAAUUACAUCCAAAUCUGCCAAAAUGUCUGAGAGGAAGGCUGUGAUCAAGAAUGCUGACAUGAGCGAGGAGAUGCAACAGGAUGCUGUCGACUGUGCGACCCAAGCAUUGGAGAAAUACAACAUAGAGAAAGACAUAGCUGCUUACAUCAAAAAGGAGUUCGACAAGAAGUAUAACCCAACUUGGCAUUGCAUUGUGGGCCGCAACUUUGGAAGCUACGUGACACACGAGACGAAGCACUUCAUCUACUUCUACUUGGGCCAGGUUGCCAUCUUGCUAUUCAAGUCUGGAUAGACCACGAGCUGGUGUCACUUUUGGCUGUGCAUGCAGAUGAUGUCACAUCAAACUGCAGAACUUUACGACUUUUAAGUGGUUUUACCUGCCCAGUGACAGCUGAGCAAACUCCAGCAGGCAUGUCUGCUGCCUGAAAAUUCCCUGAGCUUUUCACAUAACCAACUUGAGCUUUGCUGCAGUUUAACACUAGUGUGGGAAAGGCGCCAAACAUAAUCCACAUACAGAAAUUCUGUGUAAAUUUUGUUGUAAACCUUGGCCUCCACCCAGCAAUUCUUCUUUAUUUUUAAAGACGAAAGCUCGCGAGUAGAAUUUUGAAGAUUUGCGUGGGUGCAGCAAGGGCAGAUGCAUUUCACUUGUUAAAAGUCUUGUAUCAGGGUCCAAUUAUGUUAAUCGUUAAUAAGCUAAACUGAAUAGCACCCGGUAGCUAGAAGAUACCACAUGAAACGUUUGUGGAGUGGUCAGCCUUUUGCAGUUACUAAAGGCCACUACUUCAUUGGAAACUUAUUGUGUGCAAAGUGUACAUGUAUAUGGUGAUGCACUAUUUUAUUUUGAUGCCGUUUCUCGGUCUUCACACAUGUACGGCACGUUAGCAUUACGCGUUUCACCUGCAUCACAGUUCGUUUCCCGAAAAAAAUCACGUUUCAUUGUGAAGACUUGGUUUGUUAUAAAUUUGUUUUAGUCAUCGAAAUGGUUGUUGCAAGACCAGUCUAGACAACCUAUAUGGUAACGUGAGAGGAAAUAUCCACGAGAAAUAGCACCAGCAAGCGUUCUAUGUCUCUGUCCUCUGUUCGGUGUUUUACGUUCCAUGUUACGCCUGCGAGUCAUGGAAACAGCACGUCAGGCCUGGCUUCACAAGGCUGUGCUCGUAUCCUGCUUGGGCCUACCGCGUCGUUAGCCUCGUGAAUGUCGGGAGUUAUUUAUGUAUGUACAGCAAAUUAUAUUAUAAUAUAAUUGUACAAAUAAG